AUGCAAGCAAUGCAAGAAACGUGCAAUCCGAAUAUGCCCUCCAAUCCGAAUAUGCCUAAUCCAAAUAUGCCUUACGAUCCAAAUAUGCCCUUCAAUCCAAAUAUGCCUAAUCAGAAUAUGCCAUAUAAUCCUCAAAUGCCGUAUAAUCAGUUUGGGAAUGGACAGAUGACAGGUGGCAUGCCUUAUGGACAAGGAAUGAUGCCAGGAUAUGGACAGGGGAUGCCAGGAAUGAUGCCAGGAAACAUGCCAUACAAUCAAAUGGGCUAUGGACAGGGGAUGAUGUCGGGAUAUGGACAGGGCAUGAUGCCAGGAUAUGGACAAGGAAUGAUGCCAGGUAUGGCAGGGAACAUGCCGUACAAUCAAAUGGGCUAUGGACAGGGGAUGAUGCCAGGAUAUGGACAGGGGAUGAUGCCAGGAAUGAUGUCAGGAAACAUGCCGUACAAUCAAAUGGGCUAUGGACAGGGGAUGAUGCCGUACAAUCAAAUGGGUUAUGGUCAAGGAAUGAUGCCAGGAUAUGGACAAGGAAUGAUGCCAGGAAAUAUGCCGUACAAUCAAAUGGGUUAUGGACAGGGGAUGAUGCCAGGAUACGGGCAGGGGAUGAUGCCAGGAUAUGGGCAGGGGAUGAUGUCAGGAUAUGGACAAGGAAUGACGCCAGGAUUUGGACUUGGGAUGUCAGGAUAUGGACAAAUGAUGCCCGGAAACAUGCCGUACAAUCAAAUGGGUUAUGGGCAAGGAAUGAUGUCGGGAUAUGGGCAAGGAAUGAUACCAGGAUAUGGACAGGGGAUGAUAUCGGAUUAUGGACAAGGAAUGAUGUCAGGGAACAUGCCAUAUAAUCAAAUGGGAUAUGGGCAAGGGAUUAUUGGUGGCAACCUCAACGGAUUAGGACUUGGUGGAAUAAGCAGCUUAAAUGGAAUCGGUGGCAUGAGUGGAAUGGGUCUUGGAGUUGGAGGAGGAUACGUGGGAAUGGGAGUUGGAGCUGGAGGAUAUGGAGGUAUCGGUGGUAUUGGUGGAUAUGGAGGCUUUGGUUCUUCGGAUUACUAUCCGCAAUGUCUGCUAUUUUCCCAAUAUUGUGCACUUUCCGCAAUUGCUGAUGCUUGUCCUGGAAGUUGUGGACGCUUUGGUUUCUCUAGGCGUUGA